ACCCGGUUCACAAUUCCUGUAAUUGACCUCAAAGACGUCGCUGGAACACGUGCCGAUGUUGUUGCCAGAGUCCGGCUGGCCGCACAAACGGUGGGGUUUUUCCAGGUGGUGAAUCAUGGAAUACCCACGGAGCUGUUGGAAGAGAUGUUGGCGGCGGCGCGUGAAUUUCACGAGCUGCCGCAAGAGUUGAAGGCUGAGUAUUAUACGAGAGAGAAGAAGAGGAAGGUGAAGUAUGGUAGCAACUUUGAUUUGUAUCGGUCAAAAUAUGCUAAUUGGAGGGACACUCUGUUUUGUGAUAUGGGUCCUGAACCUCUUGAUCCACAACAAUUGCCUUUUGUCUGUAGGGAUGUGACAAUGGAGUACUCAAGGCAAGUUCAAGUAUUGGGGGGCUUUUUAUUUGAAUUACUAUCAGAAGCACUUGGACUCAAGCCUGACCAUCUUGAAGGCAUAGAUUGUGCAAAAGGCCAUUCAAUUCUUAUUCACUAUUAUCCUGCAUGUCCUGAGCCUCAUCUGGCUGUAGGCACAAGUAGACACUCAGAUCCUGGGUUCCUCACAGUUCUGCUACAAGAUCACAUUGGUGGACUACAAGUUUUGAGGCAAAACGAGUGGAUCGAUGUUCCCCCUAUUCCUGGAGCUCUAGUAGUAAAUAUUGGAGAUAUGCUACAACUUAUAUCAAAUGACCAAUUUAAAAGCGUGGAGCAUCAAGUUAUGGCAAAUCAUAGAGGGCCUAGAGUAUCAGUUGCAUGCUUUUUCACUCUUGAUCACUACCCAUCUUCAAUAAUGUAUGGCCCCAUCAAGGAAUUACUGUCAGAAGACAACCCCCCAGUGUAUAGGGAAACAUUAUUGCAAGAUUUCAAUGCUCAUUAUUAUAAGAAGGGACUAGGUGGGAGUUCAGCUCUUAAGCAUUUUAUGAUACAGCCAUAAAUAUGGAAGGGUAAGUCUGAUUAUUACUGGUAUUCCGUAAUCAGUUCUUAAUUUAGGAUAAAUUGUAAGCAUCAUGCAUCUGACCAAGAUCAACAGGUUGUAGGCAUAAUUUUCUAAAUCUACAAACAUGUAGGCUUUUGAGAAUAAAUUUUGAUUUUGACAUUCGGGAUAAAUAGAUGCUAAUUUUUUAGUCUUACCCCAGUAGGUGUUUGAUCAUGUUUGGAAUAGCAAAGGACAAAAAUGCUGGACAAUUGGUCGAUAUAAGACCCAAAACUUUGUUAAACUGACUUUUUAACAUAGAUUCAUGGCAUGCUAGAAAUAGAUAUUUGUCGUUUAAGCAAUGCCUAGUUAAUCUGUUCUGAGUUAGAGCAAAAAUAAACUACUUACAUGAUGAUGUUGAAACUGGCUCACUUGCAUUUAGGGAUGGUUA